AGCUUAAAUGGCAAAACAGACCUGGAUGAAACUAUGUCUCAUGAGACAUGUAGGCCUAUAGUUAUGUAAAUAGUAGGCCAAGUCCUCUAAGUUUUAUAAUUUUCGAAUUUACACAUAUUUUAUGGAGUGGACCUUUUUUCUACACAUCACGUUUAAGCAUUGAAUCAUCACAAUCAUCCUUCUGCCUCCUAAUUCAUGGUUAGUUUCCUCAAACACCAAAUGGCUCGUAAAUACCGAGGUCUGUCGCCCACUUUCCAACUCCUCAGUUUUCCGCUAAUUGGGUCUGGACUCGGAAUAAUGUUUUAAGAGAAUUGAUGACAUUAGAUCCAUUAACAGAACAAUACAUUUAAACCUGUCCGGUCUAUCUACAAUAACUCUUGGAUUCUUGUAAAAAAAAAUGCUCGGUUUGGGUGAGGAAAAGUUCCACUCACAAGAAGUAGCUUGUUUCGUGUUUGUUUCGAGCAGAUGGUUUCAGACCGCGCGCUCCAGACGCGGAGCGACUCAUUCUUUCCGACUGUUAAAGCGCGAGCGACUGGCCCGCGUGCGUCGUCCAGAUCUCUCGUGAAGCGAGUGUCGAGAUGGUCGAAGGGGAGGUGAUAUGGACCUGGCUGGGUGUCUCCUGCUGUCUCCUGCUGUGCGCCGUCAGCCCAGCGGGGGGCGAGAGUGCUGCAGGGGAGCCGCCAGACCUCUUCUGGGACUGGGAGCUGGGCUCCGGUGGGGGUCGACCCCUCCCCCAGGAGGAAUUCCUGCACAUCUUCUCUGCCGCCGAUAGUCCCUUCGUCACCGAGACCCUUAACCGUCCCGCCAACUGCAGCCAGCGGUUCCGGCUCCCGUCGGCCUCGGCGGUCUGUUGGGAGGACGCGGCCGGCCCGGAGGAGCUGGCCCGGUCCCGGCAGUUGGUUCUGCAGAACCAGGCGGCGCUGGAGGCCGUGGCCAGCUCCAGCGGGACGGAGGUGGAGGAGGGCGUGUCGACCGUGACGUACGCCCAGCGGGUGCGUGGUGAUCUGCGGGGCGUUGUGGUAGACCACCAGAGCAUGGGGGUGACCAUGGACACCAUGCAGCAGGUGUUGACGUCGCUGCAGGAGAAGAGGAGGGAGGGCACCGAGCAGAAGGUCUACCUGAGCAUGAGGGAGCAUCUCGCCAGCGCAGGGGACUCCAUCCACGGCAGAGAGCAGAUUGCAGAAAACCUGGAACACCAACUCUCCCAUCUCGAGACAUCUCUGCUCAACAUGCAGCAUCGCCUCAACAAGAUACUAAUGCAGUAAACACGCAACCUUUUCUCUGUGUUGGUUCGGGUGUGAGGCAUUUGUCAGGUAUUUGCACUCAUUCCAUAUUAUAUAUUAUGGCAAUGUAGGGGAUUUAGCACAUGUUCAAUCUCUCCACCGUAGCGGUGAGAACGGAACGAUUUAUCAGUAUGCAAUUAUAUUACAUUUACAUUUAGUUGAACCGAUACACGUUAUCCACAGCCAUGUACAAGUGAGGCCGUGAACAUUUGAAACAUACAAUAUUGAGGCAUCAAAAAUGUUAUUCCGUGGGCUUGAAUAGCACCAGUUUGUUUGUUUUGUUUUUUAAAAACAAAGUGCAGAUUAUCUCUAGGAAUCAGAACACCACUCUUCAUGUAUGAACAUCAUACAAACAUACACUCCAACGUUCAAGCGCUGUGGAAAGCUCUGAACUCUGUGAGUUUGAAACACGUGGUAUGCGGAUGCAUUAAAGAUUCCUGCUUAAACAGACAUGUUCCAUAAAGACCAUUUAUGGCAGACUGUCCAUUUUAUAGGUUCUCACAAAAAACAGGAGAAAAAAAAGGUUUAACUAGACUAGUAAAGUGGUUUGACCGAUAGCUGAAGUUUAAUUAGCCUCUUUGGAAUAUGAUGUAAAUGACUGUUGCACAUGGGAAGCUUUGAAAAUAUGUAAUUAUCGGAGAAUGUUUUAAAGGAUCAAUAAAGACGAUUAAACUGA